GUUCUCAAUAUGUUUGAAGUAGUUGAGAUUGAUUAUAUUAAAUAUAUUAAUGAAACUGAAGAUACUAGUUUUAUAGCUAAUGUGAUUAAAGAGGUUAAUGCUGAUUAUACUAAAUACAUUAAUAAAGCUGAAAACACUAAUUUAUCAUUAUCUUUUGAAGAGCCUACAA